GUUUAGCUCUUUCCUCGUGGGAUGGUUCUUGAACUACCUGUAAGGUGCAUACAAUCAUAGACCCACAUCAUCUUGAUCAUUGAAUUUUGAAAAUUUAAUGGUUGAAGGUUUGGCCCGGAAUACACAGUCAUCCUCACCAUCAUAGCCAAGUUUAUAACCACCAUACCUGUCAAUGGCCCGAGUGCCACCGCAGUAGUCCCCAGGAAGCGGUGGUUUCCGAUCCUAGAACCAUGCAUUCUCGGCAUCCUUUGGAUAGCUCGCAUACCCGCCCAUUGUAGCACGAGGCCCUUGCCUGACGUCAAACGUCCGGCCCAGUUGACGUCCCACAGCCUGAGGAGUUGAGAAAAGAGGUGUACCAUACCCGCGUCUCCGAAAGGCCUUCUCCAGCUCGCAGACCCUCUGGUUCUGGUUGGAAUGGAUUGAACCCGAUUCGACCAUUCUCGAUCCAACCGGCUCAAUUUGGAUUUAACCUCGUAGUACGAUACGAUUCUCUGCUCGGCCCCCCAGCCCGGUUGGAGUCCUGCUCGAACCAUGCUCUCGAUUGAUCCACCAAGCUUAGCUCAUAUUCCUCUUGGGCUCGGUCUAGGUCCAACUAACUUAGCCCAUUGUGGCUCCUCGCGGGGACCAGACUCCCCUUCCUGAGCCAUCAGAUCAAUCAACCCACAACCAGAAUUCUGGAACAUGUUUUCGUAUCGCGACAUUUUGGACUUCCCAUUUAGUGCAGCUACCUCAUGGGUCGUCGGAUUUUACCGCUAUCCAGCCUCGUCGUGUGGCCCCAAAGAAAUGUGGUCUGCAUGUUCCAAGGUCAUUCGGCCAAGAUUAGGCGCCGCCGUACCCCCUGUCUCCCUUGUCGACGUGCUAAGCCUCCACUUUUGCAUUUCUGCCGCGCUGUCACCGACGUCACCCGGCCGAAAUUGGCUUCCCGAUCUCGCUCGCCGCCUUCUCCGGACCUGCCACGGAGUUCAUCUUGGCCAGUUACUCCUGGAUGUUUGCGACCGACUGUGUGAAGCCACCCUUCUGAUACUCCCUUGCAUCCGCUCGCACCAUUGGGAGUCUUUGCUCCAGUCUCAUCUGUGCCUCGACCUGGCUUUACACUACUAUCUUUAGCUCGUCGAGCUCCGUCACAUCUUCCAUGGCUCCAUCCAUCUCCUUCCCCUACGACGAGGAACUUUUCUCUUGUGCUUCCUGUCCUUGCGUCGCCACUGCUUCCUGACCAGCCUUCUCCGCCGCCUUUUCAGCUGCCUUUUUUACUUUGUUAUUGCAAUUGAUCGUCUCUAAUAGUCCCUGGUCGAGAGUUGUGAUAGACUUGAUCUCGAAACUAGGCUUUGAUUCCGGAAGUUAGAAAUCGGGAUCUAGGGCUCCCGGCUUGAUUUAGAAAAUGGGAAUUUAGGUAAAGGAUUGAUCUAACUAGGGAUUUGAAGGAGAUUGAGAAUAUAAAAUUGGAAAUUGAGGAAGGAAAGAGGAAGAAGAAGCUGCGACAGCAGCUAGGAGAAAGAGAGGAGAAACUCGACAGAGAGAGGGAGGAAGGAAGUUAGUACGCUUUAGUGAUUUUUGUUAUGUAAUUUUCUAAUUAAUAAGCUAACUAAUUACAUAAUAUAUAACCUGAUUUUCCUACCCAACUAAUAUGACUAAAUGAAAUGCUCCCUAAUUAUUCCUAAAAAUCCUCAGAUAAUCCCUAAUAGUCACAAAACAUUAAUUAGUCCAAAUAAUUAAAAUAGCAAAUAUUUGUUUUUCUAACACUUCAGCUGGGUAAUAAAAGUUGUAGAACCUAGAAUCAAGAAAACAAUCAUGUCGUUCAAACUUGCUUAUGAAACAUGAAAGAGCUUGAAAACACGUUAUGGCCAGUGAUAUAUGAUGAGAGCGAUGGAGUUAAUAGAGGCACUCGAUAAUCUCAAACAAGGUGAUCGAUUCGUGACUAAUUAUUAUGAAAGAUUAAUUACUUUUAAAGUUGAACGGAAUAAUUAUCAACCUAUAGAGCCUUGUGAAUGCACCGUCACAAGUCACUUAGAUUGUAAAGUCCCGAAGCUAGUGCUAGUGUACAAGGAUAUCAAUUAUAUGAUUCAGUUUCUAAGGGGCUUGAAUGAGAUAAUAAAUUAAGAGUAACAUUUAGUCAAUGUGGUAAAAUAUGGAAUGUUUCCGUUUCGUUUUGAGAAAAAAGGAAAAAUGAUAGAAGGGGCCCAAUCAGCACUGGCAGGCAGCAAUUCAAAUAAGAAUAAAGUUUGUUGGCACCUCUAGAGACAGAAUAACUAAUUUACGCAUUUUCCCCCAUUUAUUCAUGAAAAUUUGAACUUAUUCAUGCCAUGUUUGCGUUAUUCACGUAAGAGUGUUCAUUAUUCAUGCAACCAAUACUGUUAGGUUACGCAACAUGGUGUUUAUUCACGUAUAUUAAUAUUUAUUAACGCUGUUGUAAAAUUGACUCGUUCUAACUACAACAUCCCAAUCGACGGCAAAGUAUAACCGCCGACCGGGUAUAGCAUAGGGCAAGCAAGCAAUAAGAAUUUAUUGUACCAUGGGGAUCUAGGCUUACCCUACUUCAGGUUUAGGGUUCGGUAUCUAGCCAACAUAGGGUGGUGAUUAGAAGAAUUAAACUAACUAACCUAGCUAACCACUAACCUAGCUAUUUACAAGGUUUGGAGCUCUCUUGGGUUGAAUCGUCCUAGGUCGUUCUUUGGAUCAAUGUUGGGUAUCCUCCUAGUUCGAUUGACUCAAAUACACUACCGUUUAGAGAUGGACUCCCUCGGGAGUGACCCGAAACGACGAAUCCAUGGAUGGGUAGUACUCAUUCAACCUAGGGUUUCGUAUAAUGUUAGGAGACCGGUCGAAUAAAAUCCCUCGGGGACUACUAGGGCAAUAUACGAUAAGAGAGACCCGAAGACGCCAAAAGGGGCUCUAAGGGGAUUAUCUUCAUCCUAGGUCAAAAACUCAAUACAUGAAAAUGGAAACCCAACUAAUGCCAAUCAUGAAAACAUCCAUCAAUUAAGUAAAAUCGUCAAUCAAUCAUGGAGUUUGUCACAUACAUCAACAUUAAAUCCAAAUCUUGACCUAGGGUUCUCAAAACCAAGAGUGGAGGGUGAGUUUCUAGAGAGAGAAGAGAGGGAUUACAAAUUUGAGCUCAAGAUCUUCUUCUUCUUCUUCUUCUAGGCUUGAAUCCUUGUCUUCAAGAUCAAUCCAAGCCUCCAAUGAAGCUCCAAGAUCACUCUAGCACACACUCUCUCUCUCUCUCUCUCUCUCUCUCUCACUAGAACUCCCCUUUUGGUGUUUUGGGCAAACCCUAGAGAGGGAAUUAAAUUUCUCUCCAAAAACCAGCUCCCCUUUCUCUCUCCCCUCUGUCAUCUUCAUAUUUCCCCGAAAGUGACCAGUUCACGUACGCGUUGGCCAGUUCACAGCCAUGAAUACCUAACGCAUCCGUGAACUCAGUCGUCUCCAAAACGCACCGCUUCACUCUCCUGGGAUCACGGUUAAUGGCCCCAGUUCACGGUCUUAGCGACCGUGAACUCCCUUGGCUACGGUGAACUCCCUGGAGUCAGUAACCUCUGAAACCUCGCUGGACUGCUCGAUGUUCACGGUUUGAGGCUCCAGUUCACGGUCUUAGGAGACCGUGAACUCCCUUGUUUGACCGUGAACUGCGCCUGCUUCCUGGACGCAUGCACUUCACUGUUACGGGGCAAUUGUCACGGUCGGAAUUUUCUUUGAUUUUUGCGCUUUUUAACCUCCAAUUAUCGCAAAAUUCGACCUCGACCCUUCCACACGUGCUAGGACCUGAAAUAUAUCAAAACAAGCACAACCUAUCGUGAAAUAUAUCGAGGGACUAUGAAAUACUAAGCUAAAUGAAUAAAAAAAUGAGAGGUAAAAUGUGUACAUUUGAGUCCGAAUCAAAAAUCAAAUUUUAAACUUUGAAAUAUAUCAAAAUAGAUGUCAUUAUGUAGAGAUCAUGAUCAAUGCAACACAUUUUUACAUAUUAAUUGAAAAUCCAAAUUUAAUUACAUAAAAUAUAGCAAAUACGAUUUAUUAGGGAAAAAGUCUAAUUUUUUAUUUAGGUAAAUAACUUAUACUAUUACUUGAAUAACCAUAAUAUUAUAUAAAUAAGCACCAAAUGACGUUAAUGAAUAUAAAAAUACGUGAAAAAAUUGGUCUUGUGUGUUUUUGUUUCAGAGGUGAUAAGAGAACCUUUUGUUCAAAUAAUUGUACGUAUGUACAUGCAUGUCCUCCACGUGACUCACAGCAAUUCACCUCUCCUCCUCUCCAAUAUUUUACUCAUCCACUUUCCAAAACAAAUUCCCUAAUUUGUCCAAUUCUAAUGGAUUUAAAAUGAAUGAGAGCGACCUGUCAAAAAAAUUAAUGAGAACUCAUACUUGCCAUUACCGCUUUUGUGUUACAGCUAAGCCAAUAAUAAACGUCUUCGGUUUUCAGAAAACCAGGGAUUCGGCAUGUCAAAAAGUUGCUCGAGCCUUUGCUACUGGUUUGUAGCACUACGAGGUCGUGUUUAUUGGACUAUUUUGAACUAAGGUGUGGUUGUUGAUUGAAUUUGGGUUAUGAGUAGGUAAAUAUUUUGUUAUCUGAACGUACGUAUUUUAUUUGAUUAAAAUUUUAGUAUUUGUAUUAUUGUCAAGUCGUUUUAUUUUUUUUCAUUUAUUUGAUGUCUCUCGUACUAAAUACAUAUAAAAUCCGUAUAUUACGUUUAAUAUUCGUAUUUAAUGAAUUGAAUUGUUAACUUAACUAUUAUUUAUAUAUUAAUUUAUUUAUAAAAUAAUUGAUUUUAUAUAUUUUAUGACGUACUAUUAAAUGUAUCAUUAUUUUAUGACGUACUAUGAAGUGAAAUCCAUCUAGCUAGAAUUAAGGAUCGUCAAACUGAUUGAUGAGGUGACGAAAAAGUCAACGUUAAGAUAUUUUAUAUUGAAGUUUUGAUUUAAUUGUAGUUUAAUUGCUUCACAUACUGCAACACAAUCGUCAACUUAUUUAACUUUCGAUAGAAAGUUUUCUCGACCGGAAUACCAAUACGAUACGAAUACGAGUACUGUGUAGAAUAGAAUAAGGACUCACUUGAACCCUUAAAUUAGCUGUUUGGGAGAAAAAAAAAAUUAAUAUUUUUGUCAACAUUCAAUAGACUAAUAUUUAUUAUUAUAAAAUUCACCAAAGAAUGAUUAGUCUAAAAUUAACACCCACACAACUAAAUUCUACUUCUCUCGUUGCUUACCUUUACUAAAAGAAUUCUCGUUAUUUUAAGUUGAAUAUAAUAUAAUAUUUUAUUAAUCAUACAUUACAUAUGAAAUUCUCCAUGGGCAACCUUUUCAAAAUAUAAAAGUCCAUGAUACUUUUUAUGCCGGAACUCCCUUUAUCAAAUCAUGGCUACGAUAUUGUUGACAAAUAUCAAGUUCGAGAAGUUCACAAAUUUGUAAAUCUAAUAUCUUAGGUUGAGAUUUGUAAAUCCUGUAAUAGCUAGUGCUCUAUGCAACAAAUCUAUCAAAAUAUACUAUCCAAAUCUAUAAUGCAAACAAUAAAAUUUUAAAAUUCAUAAUGUAACAAAAACAUGUUGAAUUCAAGCUUUUUUUUUGUUACAAUCUUAAUUAUUCAAUUUUGUUAUAAUCUUAAUUUUUUAAAUUCAACAUGCAAAUGGAAUAAAAAAAUUCGUGAUCACUCAUAAGUCAUAACAAAAACUAGACCAUAACAAAUAUUAAAAAUUAAGGAAAAAUCGACUUUACUAAACUACGUCCAAAACCGGGCCAGAAUCCAGAACAACUGCUCCCCCUGAAAACCAUUAAAUUAAAUGAUAGCUAUAUAUAUAUUUUUUGACAUGAGGUGCAACUUGCAAGAUUUGGGUUGUGUAAUGUUUGACGUUUUUUUGACCGUUGUUUUCUUGCAGUCCACUUUAUUAAGAACCAAACAGAGAUAGUAGAAGGGAUUCCCCUUUUGGUUCCCAGCAUAAGUUGAAUACUUGAACUUUAUCCAACCCGAUCGUAUCAAUUCACGGUUAAAACCAAUGUUGUCAUAACCGAAUCGGAGCAUGACCCGGUAAUGCGAACGGCUCGCACUUUAGUGGUCCAACCGGCAUUAGACCGUUUAAAAACCGUUAGAGAACCGGUACCUAAUAUACGUUAUCAGUAUAAAUAGUGGACAUUUAUUAAUCAGAGCUCAUCUCUUUCCUUCGAAAUUGUGAAAUGGAAAUAAGGAUUCAGUUUGAGAGCCCUACGUUUUUUGUUUAUUUCAAUUUUCAAUUUUCUGUAAUUUUUUUAAUUAAAUUUAGUGGCUGAAUGACAAAAACCGGACCAACGGCUCAAUCGGCUCGAACGGUUAACCGCCUUGGCCGCUCGCCAACCGCUACAUAAAACCGGAACGGCUUUUAGACUGUUUCGAGCCGGUUUUAUGACCGGGUGGCGGUUUUACCGGUCGGGCCGAGCGGCUCGGCUUUAAUAACACGGGUUAAAACUUUUUUCCCACACUUUGUGAAAAAAAAAAAAAAAUACUUACCGCCCCUUGAGCCUCAAGUACUGGUCAACAAAUUUGAGUUCAAUCACUAUUACCUCAUUCAAAUAUUUGCCAGUUAUAGGCUAGCUCAAACAAUUCACUACUUGCGUAGCUAAUAACUCGGCUCUUGGCAUUCAAGUAAUUCUUUUUUAUUUUUCAAUCUCUCAAAAGAGUAAUUUUGUUCAAAUCGUAUAAGAAAUUACUAUUGCUACAAAGUAUUGGAACUUUCUUGCAUUGAAAUCCUGAACUGAAUAUAGGGUUUUCCCCUAGGGAUAGCAACUUUGCCCAUACCCAUGGGUUUUUUACUAUUCAACCCAAUUGGGUUGGGUUUGAAAUCCAAAUAAAUGGAUAUGGGUAGAGUUUGAUGGGUUUGUACCCAUACCCAUUUACUUUGGGUUGAGUUGGGUUUAUAUCAAAUGGAUUUGGGUUUGUACUCAUGCCCAAAUACAAAUUACAGUUUGGUACCCAAACUUAAUAGACAUGCAUAUUUAGUAGGGGUGUUCAAACGGUUUGGUUACCAUGGUAACCGUUUUAACCGGUACUAUUUGGAUAAUUUGGUUUGGUUAAUUUGGAUAUUUAGUUUGGUUAAAGUUUUUAGCUUGUUUGGUUUAGGUGGUUUGGUUUGGUUUCAGACACUCCUAACCAGUCAAAUCAAAAUAACCAGUUAAGUAAUUAGUCAUAUAUCUAACAUAUAUUAUAUACACAUACUUAAUACUUUGCAUAACCACUCAAGAUUUAACGUUCAUCCCUUUCAUACUCAUAAAAUAUAAAGCUCAAUAUUGC